GGAUGACCUCACCAUUUCAAUUCCUUCCAUCUCUUUUCAUUUUUCUCGCUCUAAUCUCAAUUCGAUAUCCGUCAACCAUCUAGAAGAGAUGUCGACAAUGAUCCGAAGGCCAAUGUAAACAGAAGCUUCUCUUUACUUAUAUAAUUCACAAUUACUGGUUGGCUUGCAGCAUCGCUUGAAUCAUGGCCAGCCGCCAGGUCUCGUUACGCCACGCAUCCCUCAUAUGCCGCCCCCUAAACCCUAUGAGACCAGCCCUUCGUCAAUGGCCCAGAUUUAUUAAUACAUCAAAGACAGAUUAUGCGGCCAGAAGAAGAUCCAGAGAUGCUCAAAAAUCUUUCAAUUGGAAAUCUUUUGCUCUCUUCAUCGCCUUGGCCACUGGAGGAUCAGUUGCAGUAUUUGCCUUUAGGGAUCAAUCACCUUCGAAACCACGUGAAGCGACCAUAGAAUAUGAAAAGGCCCGACCAAUUCCUGAGUCUAAAGAAGACAAUCGAGAUAUAAUCAGCAGUCAACAUCUGCAAGUGAAGAAAAGUUGGGAGCAUCCGGGUGUCUAUGCAUGGGGUGCUAAUUCAGGCGGAGUAGCUGCACCUGACUCAACAGAUCAAUCCGUGAAAACUCCCCGGAGGAUACCAUAUUUCGACGGCCAACUUUUGCGAGACAUCAAACUGGACCGCGACUUUGGAGCCGCUCUGACCGAAAAUGGCGAUCUAGUUCAGUGGGGCGCCGCAUUCUCCAAGGACCGUAAGCCUACCAAAACAUUAAAAGGAAAGGAUCUAAUCAAAAUCGAAAUAUCACGAGAUCGUAUCAUUGCCCUCAGAAGGGGUGGAGAUGUUUACUCAGUACCUGUCGCGGAAUCCGAUCAGACCAUUGGAGCGAAAUCCCAACAAUCCUCUUGGCUGUCAUUUUGGUCUAGGCCAGAGAAAAUCCACUAUCGACAGCUCAAGCCGCAAAAUCUUGGAUGGGAUGAAAGAAUUAUAGAUAUCUCAAGUGGCUUAGAUCACGCCCUGCUUCUUACAUCAAAGGGACGGGUAUUUUCCUCUGCCUCCAGUACAUCCAACUUCCCUUCUCUUGGCCAGAUGGGCAUUCCCGGCCUGUCCUGGGCAACACGACCUAAGGGCGCAUAUGACGAACCACAGGAAAUUUUGGGUUUAAAGGGAUUCAAGAUUACGAAAGUCGCUACAGGCGACUCUCAUUCUCUAGCACUCGAUACCGAUGGGCGCGUCUUCGUAUUUGGUGACAAUACCUCAGGUCAACUAGGCUUUGAAGUAGAACCCCAGAUCCCAUUUGUCGAUGCACCAGUACCACUACCCUUUAACAAGAUCUACAGUGGCUCCGGCCGGAAGCCGCAAGUAACCUCAAUUUCUGCUGGUGGGGCAAAUUCGUUCUUUACGGUAGAUGCAAAGCGCAUUGCAGGCUUAGGAGAGGAUCCUGAAUCUAUUAAAGACUUGGGUAGAAUAACAGCUGAUACAUGGGCAUGCGGCUCUGGUAUCUGGGGCAGCUUAGGGACGGGCAAGUGGACGCAUGUCUCUCUUGGCCCCACCAAGAUCAAGCCUCUCUCGGGGCUAUAUGAAUGGGACGAAAAUACGAAUUCCUCUAUCCCGAUACGCCUAGCACGGCUAAGUGCCGGAAGUUCCCAUGCUGCAGCUGUGAUGGAUAAUGUGACAUCUGUCAAUAUAUCAAACUCGAAUACGGACAACGAAACCAAUUGGGGCGCGGAUGUCGUGUUUUGGGGCGGAAAUGAGCACUACCAACUAGGCACCGGGAAGCGGAAUAAUAUUCCCACGCCAACCUAUAUUGAACCUCUAGAUGGUGGAGAAGGUGAUGCAGCAAAGGGACGAAAAGGUGAACAUCAUCGGUUCCAAAUUACACCCAGAACAACCGUCAGGCUCGGAGAGGGCGGCAAAGGCAGGAAAAUCAGUGUCGAGCAACGAGUGGAAUGCGGUCGUUUUGUAACUGCAGUCUACUCCGGAACGUAAAAGUUAAGUUAUAUGUAGGAACUCCUUUGGAUUUACCCCCGGAUGUCUAUUAACUUUUGGUCGGAUGAAGUGGGAGGUGGGCUUAGGUCAUGGACUGGAGAUGCUUGGUUACAGCAUAGGGUCCUUCGCUCAUUUGGACCUAUAUAGAUACCCCCUUCUCAAUCUAUAAAUACAUGUAUAAUCGCAACUAACA